AUGGAAAAGGCAUAUGAUCGGGUUGAAUGGGGGGUCUUUUUGGAAAUUCUGAGAGGUAUGGGUUUUGGUGAGAGAUGGAGAUCUUGGAUUUUUUGGUGCCGCUCCUCAGCACAUUUCUCAGUUUUACUUAAAGGUAGUCCAGUGGGUUUCUUUAAUGCCUCUAGAAGGUUACGACUAGGGGAUCCUUUGUCUCCUUCCCUCUAUAAAAUCAAUGCUGAAUGUUUUAGCUUUUUGCUAAAUAGGGUGGAGAAUGAGGGUUAUUUUAAUGAAUUUCAGGUUGCUAAUUCUGAUAUUCAAAUAUCUCGUCUUCAAUAUGUUGAUGGUACCCUUAUUUUCUGUGAGGUAGAGCCAUUACAAGUUUCAAAUAUUGCAAGGUUUUUGGAUAUUUGUGAAGCCACUCUAAGUCCGAAAGUAAAUUUUCAUAAAUCUUCCAUGGUUGGGAUUAGCUGUGAUGGAGGGGUGACAGAGGAGUUAACAUCUAUUAUGGGCUAUAAGGUUGGAUCCUUUCUUGUUACUUAUUUGGGUCUUCCCAUCUCUGAUUCAAGGCUAUCGAUUGCAGUUUGGGAUAUAAUGCUUGAAAGAGUUCAAGCUAAAUUGGAUUUGUAG